CGACCUGUAACGCGUUAGCAGAUAGUUGCACCUGGAGCUUCUCCAUUUUCAGAGAUCGACGCAUGGCAGCUGUUUCAGACCGCGAGGCUCCACAGUUGCACCUUGGUCAAAGUGAUACGGACAUUACCCACCGUUCCUCAACAUCAGGAAAUGAAGGUUCCCCUGCAUCAAGGCGCGACAACGCAGGCAGCUCCUCCCCUCUACCACAUGCGCGGUCAACAUCCAACCCUGCCAGGAAACGGACACCUGAGGACUUUGUUUUUGGCCGUGUGCUAGGAGAAGGAUCGUAUUCCACCGUUCUGUACGCUAAAGAAAGCGGUACCCGCCGCGAAUUCGCUGUGAAGGUCUUGGAUAAGCGGCAUAUCAUAAAAGAAAAGAAAGUGAAGUAUGUCAACAUUGAAAAAGAUGUUCUCAACCGCCUGUCCCAUCCCUUCAUUAUCAAGCUGUUCUACACAUUUCAAGACAUGCAUUCCCUCUACUUUGUGCUAGAGCUGGCCAAAGAUGGCGAUCUGCUGGGAUACAUAAGAAAACUGGGCUCUUUUGAGGUGGAAGGGGCAAGGUUUUACAUUGCGGAGAUCAUAACGGGUGUAAUGUAUCUGCACAACAUGGACGUCAUUCAUCGGGACUUGAAGCCGGAGAAUAUAUUACUGGACGAAAAGAUGCACGUCAAGAUUACAGAUUUUGGGACCGCGAAGCCCUUGAAUGAUACGAAAACCGACGAUGCCGAGCAGGCACGAGAUGAGACCUCUGCCCGAAACUCUUUCGUGGGGACGGCAGAGUACUGUUCUCCAGAGCUACUGAAUGACCGCGCCGCUUCCAAGGCCUCUGACAUAUGGGCGAUAGGAUGCAUUUUAUACCACCUCUUGGCCGGGAAACCACCAUUCAAAGGAGCCAACGAGUAUCAGACAUUCCAAAAGAUAAUAAAGCUCGAGUACUCCUUUCCUGACGGGUUUCCAGAUUCUGCACGGGAUCUGGUCAGUCGGAUCCUUGUUCUCGAUCCAUGUAAACGACCGACAUUGGAGGAGAUCCAAAAGCAUCCAUUUUUCGAUGGCUUUGACUGGGAGAAUCUUCACGAAAAACCCGCCCCAAAUCUCAGACCGUUCUUACCAGCUACAUCCCAUCACAAUAUGGAGGAUUUAACAAGCGAUAUGGAGGGGCUGGCAACUGGAACAGGGCAGUUCCAUGGAGAUAUUGACGCUGCAAUUCGAGACCCAUUCGAAGAAAUGCCGGUUGUUCCCGAAGCAGAGAUUGCCGGUAAUCCGGACCGGUCAAAGAAACUAGAGGAGCAAGCUUCGUCGCCCAUCAGACGGAUAAUAUCCCACACCGAACUCAUCAUUAUGAAUGGUACCGUUUACAAGAGAAAAGGAUUGUUCUCCAAAAAGCGCGGCUUGGUGUUGACAGACUUACCGCGACUUCAAUUUUUUGAUGAAGGCAAGCUCAUUGCAAAGAGUGAGAUUCCAUGGUCAGAGAAGCUCAAAGUGGAGCUGAAAGGGACGCGACAUUUCUUCGUCCAUACACCGAAACGAACGUACUACCUGGAGGCUUUGAAAGGUGAUGCUCAGCGUUGGGUGGAUGCUAUCAAUACGCUCUUGCAGAGCGUUUAGACAAACCGCGGAUUGCGACUAGUCUAGAGUAACACGGAUGUAGUUACAAGGGCUGUAAUUACAUGGCAACAAUGGCCAAUGAAAGAUGAGCCCUACGCUCUUUAUCAAAGAAUGUACAUAGAACGUAUUCCCAGGUUUAUAUACCGUUAGAUUGAGACCUUUAAUUAUGUUCUGGUGCAAGUGAUAUGAUCUUUACAGAGUUUUUUGCCCG